CACCGUCAUUAUCAUAAGUCAAACAAGUGUUUCAGACAGUUGUUUUUUUUUUAAACAAUUGCCUAAAUCUAAGUAUCUUCUUGGCGGUUGGGCUUUCUGUAAAGGAAAUCAAUCUAAAAAGGGACCCUCAGUGCCUCAACGGCUCAUUCAAGCUCGAUUGUCUGCCCUGAAAAGGUCCUUUUCAAGCACUUUCACAAUGAAUAUCCUCAUUAUUGCUUCAAGCAUGUUGUUGGCUGUGGCCGUUGCCAUUCCUGUGGACGUGGAAGAGACCCCCAAUGGCUGGCUCCAAUUCGAUGCUGAUAAUGCCCUUAGUCCCAUUCCUUAUGAGCCAACGGAUACUGAAGAAGAUCGCUCUGAACCCUGCAUGAAGACUGUAUUUGGAAAGCGAAUGAGUGGUGUGGACAAACCUAAUGCUUCAAGAAGAACCCUUGGAGAAUGCAAAAGCAUUUGCUCUCAAUCCCGUUCCACUUGCAAGGCAUUCGAACAUUAUCGCUUCAAUCCCGCCGGAUCUCAUGAUGAUGACUCGCAGGGACUUUGCCGUCUUUUCUAUCGUAACGUGGGCACAUUGGAUUCCGAUCGUGGAUCCAUGUAUGCUACUGGAAUCAAAGGACAAUGCUGAAAACCUCAAGAUUUACAUCAUUAGUGUUGGCUUCCUCUUGUGAUGUUCAAUAAUAAGAGAAACAUAUUUAACGCAUGAGACCAUUGGUGUUUGUUUUGGUUUUUUUUUAACUCUGGGGAGUCUCAAUUUACGAAUGUUCAAACACUGUCUAACAUUAGUUAAUUGAAGGGUCAAUUCUGUUGCCUACAGUUUUUUUUUGUUCAAUAGACUCCAUGCUUCUGAAAUAUUGUUGUUGUUGAAACAUGUCGAAAUAGAUGGGAA